UAUCACAAACCCAACCCAAAACCAAAAACCCUCACAAAUUUCCCAAUUCACGCGUUUCUUUCUUUUCAACACUCUCUCUCUCUCUCGCAACCACUGCUAUUAGCUUCCUUCUCUGACUCAGUCUUUCGAAUCCUCUCACCCAGAGGUUCGAUUCGUACCAUGUAGUGGUGGGAUUUCAGCUUCGCCAUUUCUUGAUUCCAAAAAAUUUUGUUUCUUUUUUUCCCCCUAAUUUGAUUUCCCCAGUUAGGGUUUUUAAUUCUACUCGAUCGCCGGUUUCGAAUACCCGGAGGCUCGAAUCGUGUUGGGGGUUUUGGUUUUUGAUUAAGGAAGUUUCCGUUUUUAUUGUUGGGUGAUCAAGGGUUGUUUGAUUUUUUUUUGCGAUCGAGAAUGGGUGAGGCUUCAGGAGCUGGUUCUGCUGAUUGUUUCAGCCAGAUGAUGUCGUCGAUGCCGGGUUUUCGCUUCCAUCCCACGGAUGAGGAGUUGGUGAUGUACUAUCUGAAGCGGAAGAUUUGUGGGAAGAGGCUGAAGCUCGACGUGAUUCGUGAAACCGAUGUGUAUAAGUGGGAUCCUGAGGAUUUGCCUGGGCAAUCUAUAUUGAAAACUGGAGAUAGGCAAUGGUUCUUUUUCUGUCACAGAGAUAGGAAGUAUCCUAAUGGUGGAAGGUCUAACCGAGCAACCAGACGUGGGUAUUGGAAAGCAACGGGAAAGGAUCGUAACGUGAUAUGCAAUUCUAGGUCAGUUGGAGUGAAAAAGACCCUGGUUUUCUAUGCAGGCAGAGCUCCUAGUGGUGAGCGGACUGAUUGGGUUAUGCAUGAAUAUACCUUGGAUGAAGAGGAGCUUAAGAGAUGCCUGGGUGUUAAGGACUAUUAUGCACUUUACAAGGUUUACAAGAAAAGUGGGCCUGGUCCAAAAAAUGGUGAACAGUAUGGCGCACCAUUUAAUGAAGAACAGUGGGCAGAUGAUGACAUAGUAGAUUUUAAUAUCAACUCAACUGAUCAGGAGGCUCCAAAUGAUGUUGAUAAUGGUAAUGUACUGCAGCCUUUGCUUGAUGAUGAAAUCGACAACAUCAUUAGGGGAAUUUUGGAUGAUGAGCUUGUCCUUGAUCAGCAGCAUGUGAAUGGUUAUCCUGACUUUCCUCAGGUUGUUAGUGAAGAAACACAAAGUACUGUUGUGGAUCAGUUCUCUGAGGCUGUGAUGUUCCCUGAGCCAGUCAGAAUCACACAGCCUAGCAACCAAUUUUUUGAUGCACAGCCUAGCUUUGACUUCAAUCAGCCAGUUACUUCUCAUUUGCAUGUUUCUGAAGUAUCUGAGGUCACUUCUGCUUCCAGCAUUAAAGCAAAGGAGCUUGAUUUUAAUGAGGAUGGCUUCUUGGAAAUUAAUGAUCUCAUUGAUACUGAACCUAUAUUGGCAAAUAUGGAAAAUCCUGUGGAGUACCAGCAGUUUGAAGAUGGGUUAAGUGAACUUGAUCUGUUCCAAGAUGCACAGAUGUUUCUUCGUGACCUGGGGCCAAUUAUUCACGAAACAGAUUCACAUGCAUAUACAAAUGCAUUUGUCAGCAGCAAUAUUGAAAGUCAAAGUUACCAGUUGCUGCCAAAUCCAGAGGAUGCCAAUCAAACUGUCGGUGAAUUCUGGAUGCACGGUGAAAGAAAUACCCCAAGUGCGUCAGAAGGCUUUGUUGAUUCUUUCUCGCUAUCAUCCCCAGGUGUUGUAUAUGAAUCUGUUGGCUUUCCUACGGAAGGCAAUAACAAUCAAAGUAGCACUGUGGAAGAUGUUGCUACAAGUAGCUUCUCCUCUGCUCUCUGGGCCUUUGUUGAGUCAAUACCUACAACUCCUGCAUCAGCUGCUGAAAGUGCUUUGGUGAACCGAGCAUUGAAUCGAAUGUCUAGCUUCAGCAGGUUGAAGAUCAAGCACACAAACAUUGCUGCAGCAGGUAAAGACACUGCAACUAUGAAGAGAGCAGGCAGAAAGGGACUUCCAUUCCUUUUCUUCCCUAUUAUUAUUGCUUUAUGUGCUUUUUGUUGGGUUUUUGUUGGAAACUUAAGACUAUUGGGGAGAUGUGUCUCUCCUUGAAUAUAUAUAUAUAUAUAUAUAUAUAUAUAUAUAUAUAUAUAUAUAUAUAUAUAUAUAUAUAUGUAAAUCCAAAGUUUUGCUGCUAGGUAUAUUUUCUCUGGAACCUCCCAGAAUGAUUGUUGUCUGGGAUCUCUCCCCGGAAUUACCAAACAGUGCUGUCCUAACAUUUUCUCAAUAUAAAAAAAAAAAAUAAAACUUUGUGAAUAUUGGAGGCAAUAUAUGUAGGGUAAUUUCUGAUGAGCCUUAAUUCAAGAGAAGGCGCUGUAAAGGAAAUUGCAGGGUGAAUUGCUAACUUGAUUCACAAAAACUUUACAAGUUUUUAUACUUGUCUAAUCUAAUUUUUGGAUAAGUUUAUUUAGUUUGUUCUUUUAGGCCCCAUGGAAUAUAUUGUUCUUUAUUAACCCGGAGAUCACUUUAUUUUGGAGUUUGGUUGUACAUGGAUAAGAUCUUAUCUUGUGGAAUGUGUCUUUGUAUUUUUAA